UGAACAGACGACUAACAAGCUUGAGACACCGCCCACGCUGAACAUGAGACUCGGUCGGGAAAAUGGGCUGCCGGGUGGGAAUCUCGGAGGGAGGAGCGCACCGUAGAUCCUCACCUGCCCAACUACCUUGCCGGGACACCGAGACUCGAGAGUACUUCGUACUUCGUACACCAUCACCUACCUACCUUUCUUUUGGUGUACAGAGACAGACACCCGGCGCAGACAAGGCACAGAAACGAGAGAGACAAGAAACAAGAGACAGAAACAAGACAAGAGAAGAGUAUCCAAUACCUCCCACCCCCGGCGAACCGGCACGUCACAUUAAAGCAUCCCAUCUUUCUGGGUUGCCGUCUUACCCUGGCGUGUCCCGACUUACACCGCACGACGUGACGGCGCAUGCCCAGCACUUGACAGACAAACGGCAAGCGACUCUCUACUUCGCCUGGGAAGCCUAGCACUCCUGGUUUUUGUUCGACGGCGGACGGGGUGGAGGGGCGGAGCAAGGCCCUCUUGGUCCUUAGUAAGGUACGACGUUACCAAAGAUGAACUAGGGAACCCGCGCGCCCGCUGGUCGAUUCGCGCGCCCUGGGCCAUGGCACCGCGGUCGUCCACCCUCUACGUAGUGCGCAGUACCUGAAAUCCGGACAAGGGACGACGGUGGGUGGGAGA